UUUCUCAUUCUUUUUCUUUUUUUUUUCUCUUCUUUUUUGAAAACUAGGCUUUUGUGGUCUCAUUCUAUCAUCCAUCUAUUAUAUGCGUCUUAUACCAAGAGAAAUCGAUAAACUCUUACUACAUCAAGUGGGAGAACUUGCACAAAAACGUUUGGCGCGGGGUGUUAAAUUGAAUCAUACAGAAGCAACUGCAUUGAUUGCAUCACAACUUCUCGAAUUGAUGCGUGAUGGAAUAUAUUCUGUAGCUCAACUGAUGGAUAUGGGAAAACAAAUGUUAGGUAGACGCCAUGUACAAGCAGAUGCACAGGAUACAGUAAAUGAAGUGCAGGUAGAAGGAACUUUUCCGGAUGGAACUUAUUUGGUCACAGUGCAUGAUCCUAUUUGUACUGAUAAUGGCAAUUUGGAACUGGCGCUUUAUGGAAGUUUCUUACCUAUCCCUUUAUCAGACAAGUUUCCUCUUUCUUCUGAUGAUCAAGUGAUGAAAGAUGAUGGCACUCCUACUCCUUCAACACAUGUCAAAAGAUAUCCUCCUGGUAUGAUUCUUCCUUUGGGUCAUCAAACAAAUUAUCAAGAUUCUAUGAUUGAACUUUGUCCAAAUAGAAGACGAUUAUCAUUGACGGUGACAAAUCAUGGUGAUCGUCCUAUUCAGGUCGGAUCACAUUUUCAUUUUAUUGAGGCCAAUGGGGCUUUGUUUUUCAAUCGUGCAUUAGCUUAUGGUAUGCGAUUAGAUAUUCCAGCAGGAUCGGCGGUUCGUUUCGAACCAGGAGAUUUCAAAACAGUGACACUUGUGGAAAUCGGGGGCAACAAGGUGAUCAGUGGCGGCAACGGAUUAGCAACAGGACCUAUUGAUUUUGCACGUUUACCGAUGAUUAUAGACCAACUGACCAGUCGCGGCUUUUUACAUGACAACAACACACCUCUUUUACCACAUGCACCUGUUCGUACCAUUGAUCGAGAAUCGUAUAUUGAUCAUUUUGGACCGACCACGGGAGAUCUUGUUCGUCUUGGCAACACUGAUUUAUGGGCACGCGUGGAAAAGGAUUAUACUCACUAUGGGGAUGAAUGUAAAUUUGGAGGAGGCAAGGUAUUGCGUGAAGGCAUGGGACAAGCAACCAACGUACCAGAAGCUUUGGAUUUGGUCAUCACGAACGCAUUGAUCAUCGAUUACAGCGGCAUCUACAAGGCAGAUAUCGGUAUCAAGAAAGGUAUCAUUGUGGGGAUUGGCAAAGCAGGCAAUCCAGAUGUCAUGGAUGGUGUGACGCCAGGGAUGACGGUAGGUGCAGCUACGGAGGCUUUGGCAGGGGAAGGCAAGAUCUUUACAGCAGGUGCUAUCGAUGCGCAUGUGCAUUUCAUUUGUCCUCAAAUUUGUUACGAAGCAUUGGCAAGCGGUAUCACUACUUUGAUUGGUGGAGGCACUGGGCCCAACACUGGCACAAAUGCUACCACAUGUACGCCUGGAGCUUUUCAUGUUGAAACCAUGCUCAAAGCAACCGAUGAUAUUCCCAUGAAUUUUGGUUUUACUGGUAAAGGCAACUGUUCUAGCAAGCAAGAAAUCGUGGAUCAUGUCAAGGCUGGCUGUGUAGGAAUGAAGUUACAUGAAGAUUGGGGAACGACACCAAAAUCGAUUGAUACUUGUUUAGAUGUAUGUGACGAUUUGGAUGUGCAAUGUACCAUUCAUACUGAUACAUUGAAUGAAGCUGGUUUUGUGGAAUCUACCAUCAAUGCUUUCAAGGGAAGAACCAUCCAUACUUAUCAUAGUGAAGGAGCUGGUGGUGGACAUGCACCUGAUAUUAUUCAAGUUUGUAGUGAACCAAAUGUAUUACCAUCAUCAACCAAUCCUACUCGACCCUUUACAGCCAACACUUUGGAUGAACAUGUGGAUAUGCUUAUGGUAUGUCAUCAUCUUUCAAAACAGAUUCCUGAAGAUGUGUCGUUUGCUGAAAGUCGAAUCCGUGCAGAAACCAUAGCAGCAGAAGAUGUUUUACAUGAUAUGGGUGCCAUCAGUAUUAUUAGUUCAGAUUCUCAAGCCAUGGGUAGAAUUGGGGAAGUCAUCUUACGAACUUGGAAAACAGCAUCGAAAAUGAAGAAUCAACGUGGUGUUUUACCUGAAGAUGAACAAGAUGAUGGGGACAAUUUUAGAAUCAAACGUUAUAUUGCCAAAUAUACCAUCAAUGUGGCUAUUGCACAUGGUAUUAGUCAUUUAGUGGGAUCCAUUGAAGUAGGUAAAGUGGCUGAUUUAGUAUGUUUUGAACCUGCAUUUUUUGGUAGCAAGCCAAAACUUAUUUUGAAAGGUGGUGUGAUUGUAUGGGGUCAAAUGGGAGAUGCCAAUGCUUCAAUUCCUACUACGCAACCUGUGAUAUCUCGACCUAUGUAUGGUGCCUUUUCGUCAAGUAUUGGUAAUACUUGUAUGGCUUUUGUAUCACAAUUAUCAAUCGAUUCCAAAACUGUGGAAAAGUACGGAUUACGCAAAAAAAUUGAACCGGUCAAAAAUUGCCGAAACAUUGGGAAAAAAGAUAUGAAGUUGAAUGACGCCUUACCUGCCAUUCGAGUGGAUCCUGAAACUUAUAAGGUCACAGCCAAUGGUCAAGUAUGUGUAUGUGAUCCUGUUGAUUCUUUGCCCUUAACACAAACAGUCUUUCUAUUCUAGUAGUAGUAAAUGUUGUUAGUAGUUUGUUUAUAGUAUUCAUUUGAUUGUAGUUAUUUUAUAUAUUUGAUUCAAUAAAAAAAAAAAUCAUACCAC